ACCCGGCAGGCGAAUCUUUUUUUCGUAGGCUGUCGACAAGUCCACCGCAACAGAAGUAAACGAACUCAUUCCAACAGUGAUAAGUCCGUUCCGUCAAUUUUUUUUUUCCAAUUUCAUGGCAGGCGCGUGUAGCAGAUACAAUAACUCCAUGACAGUUAAGUGUCGCUGGUGUCAUAUUUGUGCAAAGGAGGAGUUGGGGAACAUCAUACCGGAUCAUCUUGAGCAACUUCUGCCUGAGGGUCACUGCAAUUUCAUUUGCAAAUACACACCCCUGGAGAGGGGUUUCACAGCCUCCUUAAAGCUUCAACUGGCCACCAGAGAGGAGGCAGAGACCUGGUUGGAGGACUUCCAACGGUCAUCAAGAGUGACCUUAAGAGUGGACAAAACGUAUCCUAUGACAGAGGAUAAAGUUCGGCGCAACAGCUAUCGAGUUGACAUGAGAUGCCAACUCAAGACAAGGCAGACGGCUUACACCAAAAGAAACACACACUGUCCCGCUGGGCUCUACCUUGUGUUGAAAAAGCACUGCCAUAGGGAUAACAGGAAGUCCAGAUCUAUUGAUACUCAUAUUCAGGAGGGAUUAUUGUUGCAUGUGACCAUCAAACAUCACCACAACCACCGCCUUGGUGGUUCCGAAUCCUUACAGCAGGGGGAUGUGGCCAGAGAGACCGUGGAGAAGCUGGUGAAACUUUUUCAGAGUGGGCACUCCCCCUUCUCAGCCCUAAACAUCCUGAAAUAUGACCUCCAGGAGGAGCAGGGGGAUUCAUGUGUGCAUGCCUCUGCAGAUAGUUCCAUUUGUCCAGACGUCCAAUUCUGCUACCGAUUAUACUACUCCAUUUUCAAGAAGGAGUAUGGAGCUGUAUCAGGGGAUGCCAUGCUUGAAAACCUCCAGGAACGUCUGGAGGUUUACAACAAGGAACAGUGUGAGACACGCACCCAAGAACAAGCUGGAACAACCGCUCCCCCAACCCCACUAGACGGCUCUGCCUCUGCAGGAGCGUCCUCUCAAAGUGAGUUGGUUGCUGAGUGUCUCAAAGGUCGUCUCAGAUCCAUGUUUGAUGGCCUCAUGGACAAGCUUGAAAAGGAUCAUGAGACCUUCCAAGCCCCAAUAGAAUCCCUAGUGUCAUCCUUUGAUAAAAUCCAUACUGACAGCGGCCUGGUCUCAGCACUGUCUACAUUUGGGAAGCUGAGGAGUGCUGCUGUGCGAAACAUCAAAAUGCAGCCAAGAAAAGGUCUGGAAAUGAGCUCACAAAGAGGCGUGCAGCCUACCGGUGAUGCUCGCCGUAAGACUCUGCUGGGGGGCAGACGGGUACUCAUCACUGGUCGACCUCCAAAAAGAGCCCUGAGGGAAUACAAGUAUGGGAAGGUUAAAGAGGGGAGUGGUGCACUGCCAAGGAGACCGGCACCACACACCAUUGCCCAGUGUGUCUCUGCUGGUGUUUCCCUAGGUGGCCAACACAGCAAAGAAUAUAAUGAUUAAGUGUGUUUAGUGCGUCGCGACGUAGGUCGCAUUGGUCGCGACGUAGGUCGCUCGUGUGGCUGCUUUCAGUCGCUGUGGUCGCUGGCUGACUUGGUCGCUCAAAAUCUAUGGGCGGUCGUUUAUCAGUUGAUUUGCAUGUUAAGGUAAUUUAACGUUUUUUUUGCGACAGUUGAAGUACCAGAAAGCCUUGCUCUCUGGCGAAAGCUUCCUACAGCUCUUUAUUGCAAAUAUUAUUUUUAUAUUUUUAUAUUGAGGUAGGCCUACAGUUUAAAAUGAUGAAAUCGUUGGUCUAUCAGUGUCAAUAAAAUAUAUUAGUUGUAAUUUGGGGCGGGUUCAAAUAAUCUAUUUUAGAUAUCAUAUAGCCUAUUUGUUUUGUUAAAUGACAGUAAGCCUAAUAAGGUAUAUUAUACACAAAGUGUGCUUUCCAGAGGUAUGCAACACUGUUUAUUCUUUUUUUAAUUUUUAUCAUCAUAAUACUCACUCUGACACACACACACACACACACACACACACACACACACACACACACACACACACACACACACACACACAAAAGGUUCAUAAUAAAUAAAAUCUGUCAUAUUUGAAUCGUA